AUGUCCAUGUUUCGUAAACCGAAGAAGAUCCAGCGACGAGUUUUUUGUGCGGACGAUGAAGAAGACGGCGAGCCGGAGGCACCGGUGCCGCCGCCGCCGCCGAUUAUUAGUAAUUCGAAGAAGGAAAACAAACAAGUUAAAGUAACAACGCUAUUGAGUUUCGCCGAUGAAGAGGAAGAAGGUGAGGUGUUCAAGGUGAAGAAGUCAUCACAGAGCAAAAGAUUAAGUAAACGGAGACAGAAGGAGAAACAACGGACAGAUGGUGAUAAUAAUAAAUAUGACAAUAACAUGGCCGAGCAGAAACCGUCAGAGGAGAUAGAAGAACCGAGGAAGAAGGUUUCCCUCGAGGGUCUUAUCUUAUCCGGGCGGGAGGCUCUGUCUGCGGAGGGGGCCGGGGACAUGUCUGAAGACAGUGAGGAAGAUAACAGGGGGUUCCACACGUACCGAGCCGAGAGCGUGCGGGCCGCGCUAGCAGGCGCGGGGGGAAUCCCCGACGCCGCGCUCAUACACGCCGCGCGCAAGACCCGACAGCAGGCUCGAGAGUUGGGUGACUUUAUUCCUAUCAAGAGUGACGGUGGCUCACGGAUGAUGAGAGAUGAUGACGCUGAUGAUGAUGAUGAUGAUGAGGCGGACGAGGGACGGAUACAAGUUAGGGGGUUGGAGCUGCCGAGUGAUAGACCUGAACGUGGUACCGCAGCCGCUGCGUCUGAUGAUGAAGCUCAGAGUGAAGGAGAGGAGUGGGAGGAGCAGCAGAUCAAGAAAGCUGUGCCUUCUAUAGCUGAUAUCACAGGUGACUGUAUCCCCCUGAACCCGUUCGCGGUCCCCCCUCCCCCGGACACCCCGCGCCACCUCCGCUCGCUCGCGCGCCCCGGACAAGCGCCGCCCGCCACCGCGCAACAACUAGUACACGCGCUAAGAGACAGACUGUCCGAGCUUCACGAUAGUCGUAGGAGUACAUCGGAUCGUAUGUGUCAGUUACAAGAGCGCGCGUGUACGGCGGCCGCCAAGCGCGACAGGUGUAAGGGACUGUGUUCUGAACUAGACCGACGAUACAAGCGGGCGCAGGCGGCGCGGGGGUACAUCACAGACCUCGUGGAAUGCCUGGACGAAAAGAUACCUCAACUGCAAGCGUUGGAGGCCCGAGCCCUGGCGCUCCAUCGUAAGAGACGCGACCUGCUGGUGGAGAGGCGGAGGGCCGACGUGCGGGACCAGGCGCAGGACGUGCUCGCACUCGCCGCUCGCGCGGGUUCAUCUAAGCCGGUGGACAGUGAGGAAAAGCGUCAGCGGACCGCGGAGCGCGAGGGACGGCGGCGGGCUCGGCGGCUGAGGAGACAGGCGGCCGGCAACAACACGCACAGGGACGGGGACUCGAGCGACGACGACCUGCCGCCCGGCCUGCACCACCACUGUGUACAGGAGGCUGAGGCGAUCCGUUCUCUAUCGAGUCAGUUGUUCGCGGAUGCUCUACCAGCGUACCGCAGCGUGCACGGCGUGUGUGGUCGUAUGGCGAGACUCAGGCGCACCCGCGGCCUGUACACGGACGCGUACGUCGCGCAGUGUCUACCGAAGUUACUGGCGCCCUAUGUUAGACAUCAGCUGAUCCUCUGGAACCCUCUCGCUGAUGAAGACAACGAGGACUACGAGAAGAUGGACUGGUACAAAUGUCUCAUGAUGUACGGGUGUAAGUCGUCGCGUGUGUCGAGCGAUUCGGAGCAGUCCUCAUCAGACGAGGAGGUCGUGAGCGAGGACUCGGUCAGGGACGACCCCGACCUGCUGCUGGUGCCCACACUCAUAGACAAGGUCGUGCUGCCCAAGAUCACUGAACUAGUAGAGCACGCGUGGGACCCGAUGUCUGUCCGCGCGUGUGUCCGCCUGCGUCAGUUGUUGGAGCGAGCCGGCCGCCUGCCCGUGAGGAGCGCGCUGCCUCGCCUCGCGACCACCGCCCGCGCUGUACUCACAGCAUCACUCAACGCUGAUGUCUUCCUACCCACAUUACCGCCACAUAUCGUGGAGGGCCCCGGGUCGUCGUUCUGGCGUCGUUGCCUGGGAGCCGGUGUCCGUCUGCUGCGCGCUGUCUUGUGUCUGUGCGCUCCUCCGCCGGCACUCGCCGCUCAUUCAGUAGCACUAGCAGUCAUAGAGAGUCUGUGUUGUGCGGCGGGCGCGGCCCCCGGUCCUUCAAUGGCGGCGGCCGCCAGUGCUCUAGCAGAGACCCUGCCUCGCUCGGGACCGGUCCGCGCGCCCGCACUCACCCGCCUCGCGACGCUCGCCACACUAGCACUGUCAAGGCUACACAGCGACAACCCCAUGCAUUUGAAAGCGUUAGAACAAGCGAGGAGUGUGAUAGCGGAGGCGCGCUCUAUUGAAUGA